AUGGCUGCGGCGGCGGCGGCGGCCUACCCUCCAUGGGUAAUGUUGGAGCACUCCUGCACGCGGGUGGUCCAGGGCUCCUCCUCCUCCAUUGCCGACACGAACACACUGGCGAGCUGCCGCACCACCAGCGGCCAUCCCAUCAACGUCUCGCUCUGCCUCGCCGCGCCCCCGGAGGGGUCGCGCGUAUGCGUCCAACUUCCCGCCGGCGUCGAGGUGGACUACGCCGUGGUCCUCGCGGCACACGGCGACUCCGUGGUCGUCCAGGUCGCGGGGAUCAAGAACCGCGGCGUGUUCUCCGUCACCAAGUCAACUGACCACUUCGUCUACAGCGCGGGCGACGCGGCCGCCGACCCCCCACGGCCGCCGUCGCUGUCGCUGCUCGCGCCGCACUCCAUCACCUAUGAAGAAGACAACCGUCGUCCCGGGUGUAACUACCUAAAAAGUGCUAGCACCGGCAUCCUUUGCCGUGGCGAGGGCGAUUUCUUGGUGGCGGAGCUCCAGGUGGAGUACGAGAGGUAUCCGAUAAGCAUCGUUAUCCCCGUCGGCGACCAGCUGCUCUGCUGGGUCGACAUGGAAAGCGGUCUUCUCUUCUCCGACGACGUGCUCGACGAGAGCCCCAGCCUGCGAAGGGUUAAUAAUAAGCUGCAAGCAAUCAACAGCACUAUGGAGGCAGCUUCACCGGAGGCGGCGAUCAUGGCCGCGCUUCAAGAGAUACCUCGCUUGGAUCGUGAUGAUAUGCUGAAAGCCUAUCGCAUUCUUACCCACGACGAUAGUGGCCGCCGGUUCAGAUCUCUUAUGGGGCUGCCAAUGGAUUUGAGGAAGGAUUGUGUGCUGAUGGAGAUCAAGGCCAGUAAAGCUUGUGUUUUGUGCUCCCCAUGCUCAGCAGACUUGCAAUGCAACUAA